CUUAUUUAUUCCUGAUAGUCUCCCUUGGCUUACAAACAGGAAUAGAGAACCCAAUACCGGAGAGAGAGAUUACACGAAACCUACUAGGCCUUUUAGAAGAUUUUAAUGGCAAUCAGAUCUUCGUAUCUUCACUGUUACACUACAUAAGCCAUGCCUACUACAAUCAAGAAAACCAGAAAACUACUCUUCCAUUCAAGUAAUCACGAAUGCCAGGAGUCCCAGGGCGGAGAAGCUGAACUACAUAAACAUUUUGAAAAUUGUAGUAAGAAUCCAGGUCAUGUGCAGUUUAUACCAGUUGAAGAGUUCGCUUGGAAACACUUGCCAAAAGGUCAUCGAGGCCAAGCUUUAUAUGAUCUCAUCAAAACCACUGCUGACCUGACAGUUAGAGUUGCAGUAGGUAAUACUAGUCUCAAAAGGCCAGAUGUUUGGGCUGAAACACUUUCCUUGUACCCAUUCUCCGAUAAGAGGGGCCAAAAAAAUUUUAGAACCGGAAGUGGGAUGAUUUGGUACGUGGAUAAAUUUACCGAUGGGACAAAACAAGAUGGAGGCAAACAUUGGAAAAAAUACAAAAAGUGUUGGUGUAGAAAUUGCCAAUAUUCUGAGUCACCCAACAAUGUUUGGUGGGAUUUCAAAGUAUAUACCGCCACGCAUGUGGUUUUUGACGAAAUGGAGGCUAGUCACACGUAUUUGAGAUUGUUUUAUGAUAAGAACGAUAGCCCUGAAGUUAUUGUUGACAGAGUGAAUGUUGAUUACACACACGUCGAACACGACCGGUGUCUGUUGAAUUGUGUGACCUGUGACGAAACAGUAGGACAACGUUUAGAAGUCAUGUGGAGACGGUAUAGAGAGACAUGGCCAAAGGUCAGGAGGAUAUACAGGGAAUCAAAACAUGUUGACAGGCUAACAUUUAUAGUUUCUCAUCCUCAUGGUUGUUCUAAACAGAUCAGUGUUGGUCAGUGGAAAAAUAAAUACCAAAUGGGCAAUAGAUUUAAGUAUAAAUUCACCUAUACGACAUGUACAUGUCCAGGAAGUAGUGGAGCUUAUGUCCACUGCGUAGGGUAUAAUAGAUGGGCAACCCAACUAGCGCACAGCGGAACAAGUACUGAAGGCAAUUUUAGCGGGGCUGGUUUUAUUAUGUGAGAUUUAUAGCGUAUAUAGUCCUACUUGAAAUUGAACGUGUAGGAAUCGUCUCCAUGUAAAUGUAGCCUAUAUAAACAAUAUAUAUAGUAGAUGCUCAUCUGGGAACGAAGGUGUUACCAGCACAACGACCAACCAUCUUUCCUUACCCAAGGUUAGAUUUGGUUGGACUCAGGAGCGUCCUUGAAGUCCCAAAGAUUAGACACAGCCUUCAACCUGAGACCUCUCCCGGAAGCCAAGCGUUUAACUAGUCAGUCACAAUGUCACAUAUGGGCUUUACAUCAUCAGCCCCAGAGAUUGCAAAUAGGCCUACCACUACCUUACGGCAGAUUUAAAUGUGCAAUGCAAAUGAUAAAAUAUAUAUUAAUCACUGAUGUAUAUAUUAAAUAAAUAUGUUACUGGCAAAGUGUGAAGUGCAGGCUUUCUAUAAAGAGCUUGGCGUUUUUAUGCAAAGUACGAAAUGAUUCUCAAUUCCCUGCUUAAGACAAGGUAAAAUUGUCUCAUUUAGAAAGAUAUUUAUAAAUUAAAUAUACGUGAAUAAAAAAUACAAAUGAACAACAGGUCCAUGUCUUUAUACCCUAUGCUAAGUACAAUUUCAAUUUUUAAAUAAUCAAAUAACGCUUUAAAUCAAUAGUACUUUAAAAUAGUAAUAUAGAUUAGUAAAUAUAAAAUUGUUGUUUCUUCUAACUAGACUACAAUAAUAAAUUGCAAGAUACCGAAAAUUUGAGCGGAUAAAAUUGUCCGCUAUAGUCUACAUGCAACAGCAAAAGAGGAUCUUAUCUAAUCUUAUAAAAUACAGACGUUACUUUAAAAUAAAAGAAAAUGAUUACGUCCUACGCGUGUUUCUAGUUCAAUCUAGUCAUGCAUGUUAACCAAUGACUUAAAUUUUGCCACGUCAUUGAUUUUCCUGGUUGGCUCAGGCAGCCCAUUUGUACAAAUUUGUCCUAGUAUAUGGAACGAGGAAUGUGUCUUUAUCUUUGUGUUUUUCUGAGUAAUUCAUACACUUUAAGAAGCUGUGCUUAUUUUAAAAUAUUUUUGUUAGUUUCUUCUUAACUACAAAUAGAAAUAACAAUAUACCUAACAAUGUUUCAAUAAGUUGUCUUAGCUUAUAGGCCUAUUAUGAAAUGGUAAUUUAAAUCUGCCGAUAAAGCUAAGGCCAGUCUCGUCAAGCAUAUAGGCCUAUUUUAUUGGUAUUUACAUGUCCCAACUUUUUCUUAGUCUUCUGUACUUAUAAAAUUAUCUUAUGUCGAGAAAAAACUCCAUGAGACCCACUGAGGCUUACCAGAGACUUUCAAGCCCAUAGGAGGACCAUGAAGGAGACAACGCAUAACUAGAUUGACCUAGGAACAUGCGUGGGACGUAAUCAUCUUCUUUUUUUUUGAAGUAACGUCUGUAUUUUAUAAGAUAAGAUAAGCCUUACAGAGGAGUAAAGAAAAUACAGACGAGACAAAGUGAACAUUAAAAACUAGGCGUAUAACUAUUUAAUGAAAAAUGUAAGUAAAUCAUAGGCUGUAAAAAUAAAUAUUAUGUUAGGUAUCAUACGUUUCUCAGACGAGUUGACUUUUAGAACUGAAAACAUCGAAAAAACAACAACACAAUAAGUAUGUAACUCCAUGUCCGACAUUUUCUUCCAAUAGUAUUUAAUGGGGGGAGGGGGAAAGCUUUUCAUUGGGUAAUGUUAUUCUAUCUUCGUUUUUUUUUUUUUAAAUCUAGAUCAACCUGAUGGCAAGGAUUUAAAUGGGAAAAUACCUUACUGUUUAUUUCUAUUUUAUAAAAUAGUACAGCGAGUUGAUUAUUCUGGCUUUUAAACUCAAUUUCAAGUUUAUUUAUAAUCGUGUAUAAGCACUUUUUUUUCAAUGACAAAACAUGUUUUGCCAUCUCAAAAGAAAAAUGAAUUGCACUAAGUCUUUAAUAUGAUAAAUUAGCGAUUAUAAAAAAAAAAACACUUUUAUCCGCUAAUAAAUCAAGAUCUAGUCAAGUGGUUCUUUCUUAGUAGUUGUAUUAGGCUUGAUCCGAGACAAACCGUUACAACGGUUUUAAUGUUCUAAUGAUUAUUCUCGCUUGAUCACCUAUGAGAGCCUAUUUUCUUUCAGUCUCUUAUCCAACACAACGGGAAACAUCUUUUGUACCAACUUGGCCUUGGCAAAGUAGGAAAUCAAGAAUCCAUGUCGUACUCCGCCCUUUACCUGUAGGCAUCCUAUAGGACUUAGCCGCUAACAUAUGUAUACCCUGGAUCACUAAUGUACAGAAUGUUUAUUAUGAAAAUAUUAUUUAUAUUACAAUUUGUAAUUACAUUUGUUAUACUGAGACAUCAAGAGAAUGCCGUUUUAAUAUACUUAGUUGC